GCGGAGAUAGCGCAGAGCUGCAGUUGUUGCUCACUGAAGGCUGCGAGACUUAAUAACUGUUAAAGAUGACGACAUCUUGGAGUGAUCGGCUCCAAAAUUAUGCUGAACUUCCAGCCAACAUGGAUGGUUUAUCAAUGAAGAAGUACAGAAGAGAUGUGCAUCACAGCUUACCGCAGGAACUGGCCCAUUGUCAUCCUUCUAUGAGAGUAUUUGUCAACAGAAGUUUGGCAAUGGAGAAGAUCAAAAGCUUUGGCUUUGAUAUGGAUUACACUCUAGCAGUGUACAAAUCUCCAGAGUAUGAAUCACUUGGCUUUGAUCUGACUGUGGAAAGAAUGGUUUCCAUUGGUUACCCACAAGAGCUGCUAAACUUUGUCUAUGAUCCUGCUUUUCCAACAAGAGGCUUGGUUUUUGAUGCAUUGUAUGGAAACCUGCUGAAAGUAGAUACAUACGGAAACAUCCUUGUGUGCGCUCAUGGUUUCAACUUCCUCCGUGGUCCAGAGAUAAGAGAGCUUUACCCAAAUAAAUUCAUCCAGCGUGGAGAUACAGAGCGAUUCUACAUCCUCAACACACUCUUCAACCUACCAGAGACGUACCUCUUUGCCUGCCUGGUUGACUUCUUCACUAGUUGUGCCAGAUACAAAAGUUGUGAAACAGGCUUUAAAGAUGGAGAUCUGGAGAUGUCCUUCAAGAGUAUGUUUCAGGAUGUCAGAGAUGCUGUGGAUUGGGUCCAUUUCAAGGGGUCACUGAAGGAGAAGACAGUCGAGAAUUUGGAGAAAUAUGUGGUGAAGGAUGCCAAAUUGCCCUUGCUUUUAAGUCGAAUGAAUGAAGUUUCCAAAGUGUUCCUUGUUACCAACAGUGAUUACAAGUACACAGAUAAAAUCAUGACAUACUUGUUUGAAUUUCCACAUGGUCCAAAGGCGGGUACACCUCAUCGGCCCUGGCAGUCCUACUUUGACCUCAUUUUGGUGGAUGCCAGAAAGCCUUUGUUCUUUGGGGAGGGAACAGUCCUGAGACAGGUGGACACGACCACUGGGAGGCUGAAGAUCGGGACAUAUACAGGUCCCUUGCAGCAUGGCAUAGUGUAUUCUGGUGGUUCCUCGGACAUAGUGUGUGAUCUGCUGGGAGCAAAGGGGAAGGACAUUUUGUACAUCGGCGACCACAUCUUUGGGGACAUCCUUAAGUCAAAGAAGCGUCAGGGCUGGAGAACAUUUCUGGUGAUUCCUGAGCUGGCUCAGGAGCUGCACGUGUGGACUGACAAGAGCUCACUGUUUGAAGAGUUGCAGAGUCUGGAUAUUUUCUUGGCAGAGCUCUACAAGCAUUUGGACAGUAGCAGCAAUGAGAGGCCUGAUAUCAGUUCACUUCAGAGGAGAAUUAAGAAAGUAACCCAUGACAUGGACAUGUGCUAUGGGAUGAUGGGAAGCCUGUUCCGCAGUGGCUCUCGUCAGACUCUGUUUGCAUCUCAAGUGAUGCGUUACGCUGAUCUGUAUGCUGCGUCCUUCAUCAAUCUCCUGUACUAUCCCUUCAGCUACCUGUUCAGAGCCGCCCAUGUACUGAUGCCUCACGAGUCCACCGUGGAGCACACUCACGUGGACAUUAAUGACAUGGAGUCGCCCAUGGCAACACGCAACCGCCACUCAAUUGACUUCAGAGAGAGAGAGUGUAAGAGACACCAGCUGACCCGCUCCAUAAGCGAGAUCAAUCCACCCCACCUCUUCCCUCAGACCCCGCAGGAAAUCACCCACUGCCACGAUGAAGAUGACGACGAAGAGGAGGAAGAGGAAGAAUAAGUUGACCUUUGACAUCACUGUUAACUGGAUUCUGGUUCUUAACACAUGCAUCUUCUAUUUCAAAAAGUAUGUUUAUAGCAUUCAGCCAUAUAUUUUAAAAGAUAUAAGAGUAUGUUUAUUUCUUGCACUGUCUAUUCUAAAGAUUACUGUACCAGUUUCAGUAUUUAGAGUUUAAUGUCUGAUGAGAGUAUGAAGCUGAACUGGGGCUUUUGUAAAUCCGGCUUCUUAUUUUUUAAUAAGGUAUACUGUAUUUGUCUGUGAGCCCUGGUCUCACUUAAAAAUGCAAUGGAAAAUGUUUGUUUUGGUAACAUGGUGAUGUGAAUACUCAACAAAUGACAUUUGCAUGAUAUUAAGGGAACAUGUAAAACAGUUACAAAUUCUGUCGCUGGUCUAUUUAAGCUUGUAUAGCAUGCUUACACUCUUAUUGUGGCUUCAAGGAGUAUAAUAGAUUGCAUAUUUUCAGCAAUGAGCCACAGAGCAUGCUGGGAAUUAUUACUUUAGUGAUGUCACAGCAACAAUGAAAGCUUAUCCAGUACAAAGUUGCUCCCCUCUGACUGAUCUUUUCUUUCAUUAGAACUGUUAGAAUGCAAAUCGCUGUCAUGUUAUUCGGUGAUCCGAGCAUACAUUGAAAUAAUGCAACUGUUGCCAUUUUAUGCAUCGGUGAAGUGUUGGUUACAGGGUUUCAGGUUUCUUAGGAGUUGUAGGAUUCAACCUCACCUUUACAUUGGUUACUAAACACUUGGAGGAAAAAGCCAACGCUGAAAUUUGUCUUAUGCACUCGCCAUGGUCACUGUGUUAUUAGACCUUGAAUCUAGAUCAUAGAUUAUUUACUAUUUUUAUAUCCAGCGGUAUAUUGUUCUACCGGAUGUUUUCAAAUGAAUAUUAAAAUUUGAAGUAACUUUGUUUGACAUUAGUGUAAACAGCAUAGCAUUUGGUUGUAGAAGGUGAUUUAGGAUUAAAAGCUGGUUUGAAUGUAUUGAGUUGCACUUGCCAAUGGACACAAAGCAUUGUGGGUGACAGUGGACCAAAAGAAGGCUCAUCCCUUAAUCACACUCGGUCAUAACAAAGGUUUCUUUGCUGUUGUAAUGUGUACCGGGGUAGAAACUACAGUAACUAACUAGUCUCAUGGACCUGGACCCAUGUUUGCUUGUGUGUCAUAAACUUGAUCAGGGUUCUGUUAUGUAAAGGGUUAACCUUGUUUUUUGAUUGACACAGAGCUCAAGCCCAGCAGUGGUUUUGUUUUGUUUUGUUUUUGCUUGAGUUGCUUGUUGCUUUGAAUUAAUACCAAUGUGCAUCCAUAUGUAAAACUGUAACCUAACUGUAACUUUUGGUUUGUUUGUAACAGUAUUUCGAAAGAAAAAAUGGGAAUGUGGUUUACUCAAGUAAACGUUGCCAUUAUAAUUUAUAAAGAAGCAUAGAGAGUGAAGUGAUGCAUCCAUAAUUGAAGACUGUUCAGGAUUUUGACAAACUACAGAUUUUCUUGAGGAUUAUAGAGAUUUUAUGGCUUUACUGCGUAAUUUUGAUAUAUUUGAGUUUAUAAAAUUGUUACUUUAACAAAAUGACAGCCUUUUUUAUGUUUGAUCGUAGGUUAAGUUAAAUCUACUGUACAUGGGGGCUUAUUUGCAUUCAUUAUGUUUGAUUUGUCUGUAUUUUAUAAUUGUUUGACAUCUCUGGGUUUGUUUGAUUUUGUGUGAAUUGAAAACAGUGCUGCCCAAUGUGUGUGAAUUCAAAAUAGUUUCCUUUUUUUAUCAACAUGCAUUUUUUCUGUUUUUUUUCUGUUGUGCUUUACAGGGAGAACUGUAUUUACAGACAAUGUGACGACUGUCGUUUUACUAUAGAAAUAAAUCAGAAUGCUGUCAUUACUUUACAGUUUUUUCCCCAUCUGUAAAGUGUGCUACACACUGGCUUGGUUUUCAUAUUAUGUCACUUAAUAUAAAAGCGGUUAUGUGAGAAUAAAGGGCAAAUCUGUUUUGCA